UCACCUCCCUACCCUCUCACAUCUCCCCUCCCACCCAUGCCUCCUCUCCCACUCACGCCUCAACCUCCUCAAAUGUGAGCUCCUGUGCAUCACUCCACCAAGACAACCUUGAAGGUUAGCAGUGGUUUGCCCCGCCACUAAAUCCAAUGUACUUUUCUCAGUUCACAUCUUGCCUGCGUUCUCCGAAACGUCCCACCCCGUAGACCGUCUUUCUCUCUUGCACAGGUGUUCUCCCUUGCAUAGGUGACGUCACAUUCUUUGGGUUUUCCUUCUAGCUCUCGGUCUGCUCCUACUGUGUCUCCUUUGCAGGCUUCUCUUCCACACUGGGAGUCUCCCCAACAAGCUGACCCCAUACGCUUCCCCUCGCCCUGACUCCUGGGCAGUGACGCCCACACUGACAACUUCCUUUGCCAUCUCUACACAUAAACUUUUAAAUUCCUGUCUCCAGCUAAUCCUCUUACUGGGCCCCAGCCUGAUUUAUUCAAUGUCUUUCAAAAUAUGUCCACAUGGAUAUUGUGGUCAUUUGGGGUUCCAUUUGUCCAAAACAUUUCAUGAUAUCCCAUCACACCCACCUGUUCCUGUGACCUUGGUCUCAGACCUCCUACCAUCCUCCCCAGGGCCUCCUCUCCCUCUUACCCAGGCCCCCAAGCAUGGCCAAUGUGUCUCCACGUUGUGUUGCUUUGACUUUCCCCACUUACUUUCUCUCCUUCCCUCCUACCAUUCCCUGGUCCAGGCCUCCAUCAGCCUUUUGCCUGGACAACUGCAGUAGCUCUAACUGAUCCCUUUAAGUCCACACUCUAGGGCCCUUAUCCAUUUUCCACCUGCAUCCAGAGAGAUUCCCCUGUCUGGGGACAUAUUUUCUGCUGCAGAGACCUUCACUGUCUUCCCAGGGCCCGUGGAAUCAAUUAUAGAUGCUGUGCUGUGACCUGGUAGUUUGGUCCAUCCUCCCUUACUCCUCCCAACUCCCCUAUCCCCGCCACAUGGUUCCACCUUUUAGUUUCUCAAUAGAGCCCCCUGCUUCCCUCUGCCAGACCUUUCCCAGGCUCUUCCCUCUCCCCCUUCCCCAGUGGCCCUUCUCGGAGUCGCUCACCUGUUGUUGAGAUUUCAGCUGAAGCAUACUUCCCCAGGGAGCCCUGACCACCCUUCCUGGGUCCAGAUCUCUUGUUAUAUAGCCACAGAAAAUGCAUUCCUUUUGUUUAACUUUUUUAACCUGUCUGUAACGAUCCCUCAUCUGUGAGAUCAGUCUAGUGUGUCUGCUUUCCACAGGCCCUGAACUUGGAUUUGCUCAUCACUGCACCCCACGUCCAAUCCAGCCUGCCGUGUACUUAGCAUCUGAUGAGUAUUUGUCAGCUGUGCUAAGGCUUCUGUUCCUGGUUCUUCAACAGCAUAACCAUGAAGGACGAGGAUCUGAUUAACAAGUGUGGGGACGACGCACGCAUCUACAUCGUGUUCCAGUACCACCUCAUCAUCUUCGUGCUCAUCAUCUGCAUCCCUUCCCUGGGCAUCAUUUUGCCCAUCAACUAUACUGGAUCCGUUCUGGACUGGAGCAGUCACUUUGCUCGGACCACCAUUGUCAAUGUCUCCACAGAGAGCAAGCUCCUGUGGCUGCACAGCCUGCUGUCCUUCUUCUACUUCAUCACCAACUUUGUGUUCAUGGCUCAUCACUGCCUGAGGUUUGCGCCCAGGAAUAGCCAAAAGGUCACAAGGACGCUAAUGAUCACCUAUGUGCCCAAGGACAUUGAAGACCCAGAAAUCAUCAUUAAGCAUUUUCACGAGGCCUAUCCAGGCAGUGUCGUGACCAGAGUCCACUUCUGCUACGACGUCAGGAACCUGAUCGACUUGGACGAUCAGAGGCGCCACGCCAUGCGGGGCCGGCUCUUCUACACAGCCAAGGCCAAGAAGACUGGGAAGGUGAUGAUCAGGAUCCACCCCUGCGCCCGCCUGUGCUUCUGCAAGUGCUGGACCUGCUUCAAGGAGGUGGAUGCAGAGCAGUAUUACAGCGAGCUAGAGGAGCAGCUAACAGACGAGUUCAAUGCCGAGCUCAACCGCGUGCCGCUCAAGCGCCUGGACCUGAUCUUCGUCACCUUCCAGGACUCCAGGAUGGCCAAGCGCGUCCGUAAGGAUUACAAAUAUAUCCAUUGUGGUGUGCAACCCCAGCAGUCCUCAGUGACCACCAUCGUCAAAUCCUAUUACUGGAGGGUCACUAUGGCUCCACACCCCAAAGACAUUAUUUGGAAACACCUGUCUGUCCGCCGCUUCUUUUGGUGGGCCCGCUUUAUUGCAAUCAACACCUUCCUCUUCUUCCUCUUCUUCUUCCUCACCACGCCUGCCAUCAUCAUGAACACUAUCGACAUGUACAACGUCACCCGCCCCAUCGAGAAGCUGCAGAGCCCAAUUGUGACCCAGUUCUUCCCCUCUGUGAUGCUCUGGGGCUUCACAGUGAUACUGCCUCUGAUUGUCUACUUCUCCGCCUUCCUGGAGGCCCACUGGACCAGAUCAAGUCAGAAUCUGGUCAUGGUGCACAAGUGCUACAUCUUUCUGGUGUUCAUGGUGGUCAUUCUGCCCUCUAUGGGACUGACCAGUUUGGAUGUCUUUCUCCGCUGGCUCUUUGACAUCUACUAUCUAGAGCAGGCCUCCAUCAGGUUCCAGUGUGUGUUCCUGCCAGACAACGGCGCCUUCUUUGUCAACUACGUGAUCACGGCAGCUUUACUGGGCACAGGCAUGGAGCUGCUGCGUCUGGGGUCACUCUUCUGCUACAGCACCCGCCUCUUCUUCUCUAGAUCAGAGCCAGAGAGAGUCAACAUCAGAAAGAACCAGGCCAUAGACUUCCAGUUUGGGCGCGAGUACGCGUGGAUGAUGAACGUGUUCAGCGUGGUGAUGGCGUACAGCAUCACUUGCCCCAUCAUUGUGCCUUUUGGGCUGCUCUACCUGUGCAUGAAGCACUUGACGGAUCGCUAUAACAUGUACUACUCCUUCGCACCCACCAAACUGAAUGAGCAGAUCCACAUGGCUGCCGUCUCCCAGGCCAUCUUUGCGCCACUCUUGGGUCUGUUCUGGAUGCUGUUCUUCUCUCUCCUGCGGUUAGGUUCUCUCCAUGCCAUCACCAUGUUUUCCCUGUCCACCCUCCUCAUUGCCAUGUUAAUUGCCUUUGCUGGCAUUUUUCUGGGGAAGCUUCGGAUGGUUGCCGACUACGAGCCCGAGGAGGAGGAGAUCCAGACGGUGUUUGACAUGGAGCCAAGCAGCACCUCCUCCACGCCCACCUCCCUCCAGCUAUAUGUGGCCACCGUGCUGCAAGAACCGGAGUUGAACCUGACCCCCGCCUCCUCCCCAGCCAGGCACACCUAUGGCACCAUGAACAACCAGCCGGAAGAGGGAGAAGAAGAGAGUGGUCUGAGGGGCUUUGCAAGGGAGCUAGACUCGGCCCAGUUCCAGGAAGGGCUGGAACUGGAGGGCCAGAACCAGUACCACUGACUGGGACCUGAGGCCUCCACUGGCGACUUGUUGAGGAGCCAGGGGAGGGCCUGGCAAGGGGAGGCAGGAGGGUGGCCUGGACCUCCUCACUACCUCCUGCAGACUUUGAGAAGCCCCCAGUGGAGACAUCUGCCACCCCAGCCAUGGGCCAUACGGGCGCCCUGACCUGCUGCUGCCCAGCUGGAACUGGGGGUAAUCGGCAGUGCUGAGGGAACCUGGGAAGGGAUGGAGGAUACAGGGAAGCCCAUGUCCUGAAAGAGGUGGCUGGAGCGCCAGCACAGAGACUGAACGCUGGGGUCCCUUCCUGGGACCAAGAUGGAGAAGGUGUUCCUAAGGGAGGAGGCAGAAAGAGGCCGCCGAAGGCUCUCUGGGGUCAUCACCACUCUGCAUCAGCUGCCCUUCCAAGGAGCUUCUGCUGCUGCUCCUUCUCCCAGCCCCGGCCCAUUCCUCCCCUGCAGUCUGAGGAGGCAAAGGUACGUGCACGGGGCACAUUGACAGGACACAGAGGACCACCUCAUCACGGGGUUCCCUGCAUGGGGAUCUGUAAACAGAAAGUUUCUGCACCCACCCGAGGAAGAACCAACUGAAAGCGCAGACCUGAGAAGAGGUAACUCAGCCCCUUCCUGCUCCUCUGCCCUCAUCAGAUGUCCCCAGGAGCAGCAGGGCAGAGGCCCUUCUCCUUUCUAUUCUUACAAGGGUAGCUAGAGCGCGACCACUCAGGGCUCAUCAAAUGAGACUUGUGUGCAUUUUUCAGAAGGAAACCUUGGUUAGUCCUUGCUGGGUAACACAAAGUGGGGUGAGACAGAGGCCGAUUUCAUGGAAGGGGGCUUUCUCCCUAAAACUCUGGGUGGUGGGAAACCAGCUAUACCUCCCCAAGCCCCAGGGUCUAAAGAGAAGACCCCCCAAAGCCAAAGAUGUGGCCACUUAAAAGAGUCUCCUGCCUCCUACCCAACUGAGUGCCUGGGCCCCCAGCUUGGUCAAGAUGGGCAGUACAUUAGGGUAAGAACCCCAUGCUUCAAACUGAAGGACUGACCUUCACCUGAGUCCCAAGUAGGACCCUUCCUCCCUUCUCGGGACUGCCCCUGCACCCUGCCUUGAAGACCACCCAAGCGACCUCCAGUGUGGGCCUGGUCUAGACACUGCAGAUGCUUCAAUCAUGAUGUCACCCCAGGCCUGCCAGGGGUGGGGUGGAGGGGAGGGUCACGUGCUCCAGGGAGAAGCCCUUUCUGGAGAAGCAAGGCUGCCCUCCCAGGGCUGCCACCACCUGAGACCUGGGGGAGCUGAAUUCCAAACAGUGAUGGCGACAUUCAGCACCUUUGCCAUAGCUGGGGGGAACCGGCCUCUGCCUCUGGGAUGGGCUCUCAUUGGGACCACCAUGUAGCCCAGCCAGGGAGGACAUGAGAAGGACCAGUGGGGGCCUCAGUGAACCAGAACAAGCCAAGCUGAAUGGGGUCUGUGUGCUCUCCAGGGCCCUCUUCAGCCCCCUCCUCCAAAGGUCUGGGUCCCUGCACCAACCUACUGAAGGUGGGCUCAUCUCACCUGAGCACCUGCACCAGGCCCCAGUCACAGGGCUGCCCUGAACUCAGAUCACCUAGGCCUUGUCCCUGCCCCACCUUUGCCCCAUCCCAGCCCCAGACGCUCCAAGCUUCACCGCAGGUGAGAAAUUGUGCUCGAUGGGCAGAAACUGCUGCACCCCCAGAGUGUGGCCCACAUUUUGGCAUGGGGCUGUCUUUCCAGAGAGCUUGGGUUGGCUGGAGAGAGGCUGUCUUUCCCAUUCCUUGUCCAGCUAGGAAUAAGGGGGAAAUGAUCCUAGCCCAGCCCCUACACACCCAGGUCCCACAGGCCCCUCCCCACUGGCAUUUCACCAACCAACAAGGGGAAAGGACACUGUUACAGCACAGCAGUCAGGCCCAGCAGGAGCUUGGCACAUGGUGGGGAGGUGGCCAGCUCAGACCCUGCCCGACCUCAUCAUGUGUAUUUGGUAUAUGGGGCGUGGGACAUGCCAGAAGCUGGCCUGGGGUCUCUCCUUCACUGGACACAGCUUGCUGGAGCCUGCCCCCAGCCCCUGAAGCCCCUGCCAGACUGUGGAAGCCACAUAUGGGAAAGGUGCUGGCAGACAAUGUGGCGGGAUGGCUGGGGGCUUCUCCCUCUGAACCUGGGUCCAGUGUAGCCUGGCUCUGAGAGAAGGUGGUGAGCAUGUGGAGAAGGAGAAGGUUCCAUAGUCCACUCUUAGGGGAACCAGCAAAGCCUCAUGGCAGUUGGCUCCAUCUGGACCUCCCAUGGUCACUGCAGGGCGGUGGAGUGGGGCAUCCUUUAGCCUCCCCACCACCACAUCCAGGCCCUCUCAGGCACCUCCUGCCUCAGCCCACACCUGCCUCGUCCAUUGCCCCCCUCCCUCCACCUACUGCCAUCCCACUCCUCCGCCAGCCACUUCCCAGCCGCCCCACCCCACUCCGUCCUCCAAAUCACCCCCCAACUUAAUCCUUUCUGGAAGGAGCUGCCGCCCGGGAACCGGUAUUGCCUAGAGCCUCCAGGAGGGGCCCUCCUCAGGCCUCCAGUGGCCCCAUGCCCGCCUGCCUGACCCUCCACUGCCCCGGAAGCAAAGUGCCUAUCAGCAGCGUUGCGUCAUCUGGGGCCCCCAGUGGGGUGGGGGGGUGUGGGCUAACCUUGGCCACCACCACUAAAGGAAUGUGCCAGAAUGCUGAACCUUCUUGUUAAUGCUAUGACCGUGCCUUGAAUAAACAAGUCCUCCCAGCCUC